AUGCUGCAUCUUCUUGCCCUUGAAGCUAGGGGUCUCCCUGGUGGCGAUGUUGUGCCAUGGCAGGAUCAGUUCCAGUACCCGUUCAGUGGGUCGUACGACCAUUAUGUGAUGGAAAGAAGCUGGAAUUUCGAUGAAAGACGGGUCUUCGUGGACGCCAUCGUGUGCAUGUUAGCCACCUUCACCGGAGACAUUCGCUUCCAGCCCAAUGGUUACAGUGAGAGCUUCUAUCACCUUCCGUCACUCUUGGGUUUGCUUGGCAUCGUCCUCGGUUUCGUGGGCCUCCUGGGCAUCUACGACGACAAGCCGAACUGGCUCCAGUGGCUGGUCUUUUACUUACUGGUGAAACUGGUGGCCCUGGCAGCCAGUGGCCUUGCGGACUUCUGGACGCUGCGCAAAUGUGACAGUUGGCUCACGUCUCCCGAGCGGAACACGUCUCCGAACGAGCAGCUCACGGAGCUGGCCGAGGCAGGCGUUUGUCCUUGGGCGCGGCUUGCCUAUGCUGUUGGCAGCUGCAUGGUUGUUGCGUUCUGGACAUACUGUACCUAUUUCACCUAUACCUACUGGCAGCAGUUGGAAUGCAACCCUGCUUACCCCAUCGACUUUGGGGCUGAACGCCAUGGUGCUCAGGGCCGCUGGGACCACUUUCAAGUGAAGGAUCCUCGACUUCCUGAACACGAAGAGGGUUUGCCGCUGCUGCCGCAGCAUUUGAUGCACGAGGAAUCUGAAGUUGAUGGCUAUGGCACUCAAACUCAGAAGGUGCGGACUCAGCCUAGUCAUUAUGGCCCGGAUGGGCAAGAAAUGGACUCGGAAGCGUAG